AUGGGCGCUCUAUUGUCACUGCCCCUUCUGGCCAUCCCCAGCGUCAGUACGCUCAUUACUGUCGCAACCUCAUGUUGUGGAGCGGCCACUUGCUCGGCAGUAUGUGGUGCUUGUGGGAAAUUCCAGAACAGUCUGGUUACGAGAAUCGCCUAUGCCUUCAUUCUUCUCAUCAACUCGAUCAUUUCUUGGAUUAUGCUCACACCAUGGGCGCUUAAAAAGCUGGAACAUAUGACGAUGGACUACAUGACAAUCCGAUGCGAUGGGAAAGAGUGUCAUGGCUGGGUCGCAGUCCAUCGAAUCAACUUCGGUCUCGGUCUAUUCCAUUUGAUUCUCGCCUUCAUGCUAGUUGGCGUGCGGUCAUCGAAGAAUGGUCGUGCAGUUAUACAGAAUGGGUUCUGGGGUCCCAAGAUCAUCCUGUGGAUCGCCCUCGUGGUCAUGUCGUUCUUCAUCCCGGAGUCUUUCUUUUUGUUCUAUGGACACUAUAUUGCCUUCGUCUGUGCAAUGCUCUUCUUGCUUCUCGGCCUAAUUCUCCUCGUGGAUCUGGCCCACUCCUGGGCCGAGAUCUGUCUGCAAAAGAUUGAGGACCGUGAUUCGCGAUUGUGGCGUGGAUUGCUUAUCGGCUCGACUCUGGGAAUGUACAUUGCAUCGAUCGCGAUGACGGUUCUGAUGUAUGUGUUUUUCGCGCGUCAACACUGUACUAUGAACCAAGCCGUCAUCUCGAUUAACCUCGCCCUGUUCCUCGUCAUCUCAAUUGUCUCUGUCCAGCCCGCGGUGCAGGAGUCAAAUCCCCGAGCAGGGCUAGCGCAGGCGGCUAUGGUAACGGCAUACUGCACGUAUUUGACUAUGUCCGCAGUAUCUAUGGAACCUGACGACCGCCAAUGCAAUCCUUUGAUCCGUUCGCGGGGCACGAGAACAGCCACUAUUAUCCUGGGUGCCAUCGCCACGAUGGUGACUAUCGCUUACACCACUACUCGUGCUGCCACCCAGAGUCUAAUGCUGGGAUCCCAAGCUGGUCACGGUCAGUACGUCCAGUUGGGUACGGAUGACAACGAGCAUGGACUGGUCACUCAGCAGCCCAGUCGCCGUGAGAUGCGUGCGGAAGCUCUUCGUGCGGCAGUUGAAAACGGCAGUUUGCCAGCCAGUGCAUUGGACGAUAGCGACGACGAGUCCGAUGACUAUGACAACAAGGACGACGAGCGGGGCUCGACACAGUAUAAUUACUCAUUGUUCCACAUUAUCUUUUUCCUGGCGACAACCUGGGUUGCCACCCUGCUUACCCAGCAUCUGGAUCCUGAGACUACCGACUUUGCGCCAGUGGGCAGGACGUAUUGGGCUAGUUGGGUCAAGAUCAUCUGCGCUUGGGUGUGCUAUGCCAUCUAUUUAUGGAGCUUGAUCGCCCCAGUCGUUCUUCCGGAUCGGUUCGGGAUGUACUAG